AUGAUGGAAGGAUUGGAGCAGUGGAGGGUUGAGCAUGCUGGAGGGACAAUUGACAUGGGUGAUGAAGACUGCCAGAGCCUAGAUGUAAUUUGUGAUCCUCAGGCCUUGAACAACUUUUUACAUGGAUCCAAAACAAUUGACAGUGAUGAUCUCCUGGACGCCACAUGAGAUGCAGACAGUGCCUUUUUUGAAGGUGCUGGGCUGCACGUACAAGAGUCCUCUGGCAACCAUCUGAGCACCAAGCAGAGCCAGCCUCCCACCACCAGCGUGGACCUUGACUUUCUAGAAGAUGAUAUCCUGGGGUCGCCAUCCAGUAGUGCAGAACUGGACCAGCCCUGUGACAUCCUCCAGCAGGGCUUGCUGGCCAGUAUCACUGAGCAGACCUUGGUGGCAGAGACUGAGCUGGACCCGGACUCUUUCCAGCUUCCCACUCUCCAGCCAGUGGUGCAGACGGCCACCGAUGGCACCCCGCAGGUCCUCUCCGGUGGAGCUGACCUGAUUGGGCUGCAGCAACCCAGUGUCCUGACGCACCAAGCCCCGGUGCAGCAGUCAGUAGGAGCACAUGUCAUCAACAGGGCCACCAGUGUUCAGAUUUUCCUCCAAGUCAGCCUGGGGAAUGCCACCAUCCAGCCCAUCUCCAACCUUCAAGGCUUGCCCAACGGCAGCCCCAGCGGGAUGUUGGGAACUGGGCCAAUGCAGGUGGUUGGGCAGCAGGUGAUGGCCAUCAACCAGUCAGCGCAGUAGAUCAUCAUAAAGCAGGAUCAGCCCUCCCAAGUGGCUACUGUGCUGGUUGGCAGCUACAUCACCCAGACAGAGCCUGAACAGCAGCAGGCCACUCUUGCCUCAAUGGGGGUCUCUCCGUAGAAUGCCAGUCUCGUCAUCUAGAAGAACCUGCCGAUGGUGGCCACACUGAAUGGGAACUCCAUGUUCAGGAGUGUGUCUGGGACUCAAGGCUCCCAGCAGCUCACUGUCACCUCCAACUUGAGCAGCUCCUUGGUGCAGACCCAAAACAUCACCGUUCGCAGGAUGCCCACCACGUUUCAGCCCAAAUCUGCCAGAGUCCUCCAGCAGAAGCUCUACCAGAUCACCCCCAAGCCCUUCAGACCCAACAACACCACUGUGCAGCAGGAGAAGGCCCAGCAGAACCUGACUUUCAUGGCUGGCAAACCCAGGCAGAAUGUGGUGCUCUCAGGCUUCCCCAAAGGGCUUCCAGGCAACGUUUUAAAGCAGCUGCUGCCACAGAAGCAAGCCCUCAGCAAGCCCAUGAGCAUCCACUACCUGAAUCAGGGAAGCAGCAUCAUCGUCCCUGCUCAGCACAUCCUACAGGCCAUGCUGCAGGGCCUGAACCAGUUCCUCCUCUCUGGGCAGCUGGCGGGUGCCUCUGCCAUGCAGAUAUCCCAGCAGCUCUCUGCCCUGCAGGCCAACAUGGGAGGGCAGAUCCUGACCACCUCCCAACCCAGCGGGCAAGCCUGUAUCAUAAUUAGCCAAGGAUCAGGUGGACAGCUAAUAACCAAUCAAGCCUUGCUGGCCCAGAUCCUCACCAACCAGAACAUCGCCAGCCAGCUGAACCUGGGCCAGGUUCUCACCUCGCAGAAUGCCCACGGCACUGGUCACAUUCUCUCGGCUCCCAUUGAGCCCCAGCCCGGCCAGGUGGGUCAACCAUCUCUCUUCCAGAUGCCCGUUUUGCUGGCAGGCAGCUUGACCACACAGAGACAACCCUCCAUGGCCACUUCACUGGGCCAAACAGGCCAGAUGGUGAUCCACGUGGUGACACUACCCAACCAGGUGGCCAUGCUCAAUGCCACCGAGAACCUCGGCCAACCGAUGAACAGCCAAGCCUCUGCCACUAUCAGAAGCCAAAGCGCUGGCCUCAUCCAGCCACAGCCUGCUUUGGGUGCCAGCUUGCUGCCUGCCACCAACCAGUCCUCCAUCCUCACUAUCCAAACCACCUCCCAGCUGCCUGAUUCGCUCCAGCUCAACAUGCUGCUGCUGCCACCUCUGCUGCCCGCCCUGAAGCCUGUCACUUCCCAGCCCAGCCCCAGCUUGGCUUCCAGCCCAGAGAAGAUCAUCCUGGGGCAGGCAGCUACCAGAGCUGUCAUCAACCAGGACUCCACACAGAUGUUCUUACAGCAGGCAAGCAGAGCCCCUCUCUUGGCGCCUGCACACAAGAUGUGGUGCCGGCAUCCAGGGGGCCAGACCAGUCUUAGUUUUCUCUUCGGCAGCCACCUUGCUGAUGAAGUCGGUGUCAUGGCACUGGGAUGCAUGCAUCGAGAGGCCGGUGAAGGAGAAGGACCUGUAAACCUCCAGUUUUCUUCACUGGAUCGACACGUAGCUGACAAAAGGGCGCUUUGCCUGCAGGGCAGCACAAGCUCCCUGGCGCCUCCCUGUCCCCUUCAAUACCUCAGCCUCCCCUGGGGGACAGCCCGCAGCUCCUGGCCACACACCUUUCCCAAAUGCAAUCCCCCCACCCUCUUGCCAUACAGCAGCUGGUUCAGUUUCCUGGAGCAGCUGCACAAGCACCAGAGCACAGUGCUGUAUCCAGACUACAAGACAUCACUCCGCUCCUUUGACAAUGCCUUGCAGCAGCUCCUGCCCUACCACAUCUACCAGGGGGUGCUGCUCUCUGCUCAAGACUACCGAAGGGUGAUGGAUGAAGAGUUCGAAGUGGUGUCUACUAAGCCACUAAAGCACAGGCAAGCCAUGUUGAACAUGCACCACCUGCUGCUCUUGGAGGAGUCUCGGGUGAUCAGUCCUUCUGCUGAGAUGGUUGUGAUCAACCACAUGUUUAUCCAGGAAGAAAAGACCAUGUUAGUGGUCAACAAGCAGUUGACAAAGGAGAAUCCAGACAAGUACACCUCCUCGUUCACCUGCUCACAGAGCCUCUCCUUCUCUUCAGUGGCCCUGGCCUCUGUCUCCAGUGUGGCGCUAGCCCCUGACAUCUGGAAGGUGCCCUGCACCCAGCUGCUCCCCCACAUCCACCCGACCAAGCUGGUGACCAAGCACAGCAGGUGUUCCCCAUCAGUAACCUGGGCCACGGCUUCCCCCUUCCUGGACAGGGACAAGGAUACUUUGCCCUCCAGGAGCAACCCCCGCAUCAAAACCUAUGAGGCACGCAGUUGCAUUGGCCUCAAGUUGAAGAUCAAGCAGGAGGCCAGGCUCAGCAAAGUGUUCCACAACACUGCCCUGGACCCUGUCCACCCUGUCAUCACCGUCGCCAUCACCACUGGGCAGAUGAAUGGCACAAUUGACCACGUUGCCUGGGCUUCUGCUGAGAAGAAACCCAUUGUCACCUUGUGA